CGGCCGCGUGGUGUCUGGGCUCCUCGAGGUUGCGGCUGCCGCUGCGACGACCGAGACUCAGAAGUCGGAGCGCGGCACCUGCGGGGGCCGCGGACGUCGAGUGGCGAGGCGGCGGGCAGCCCCACGGAAGCCGGCGCUGGCAGCGACUCCGUUUUGGCUUCCCCACCUAGUGCAUCGGCCCGGGGCGGGAAGAUGCUGGAGGUGCAGGUGCUGAAGGUUGAAGAUCCAGGUUGCUUCUGGGUUAUUAUAAAAGGAUCUAAUUCCUUCUUAGAUCAUGAAAUUGACUAUCGAAAACUCAAUAGUGCCAUGAAUGACUUCUAUAAUAGUAUGUGUCAAGAUAUAGAGAUAAAACCAUUAAUGUUGGAAGAAGGCCAGGUUUGUGUGGUUUAUUGUCAGGAACUGAAGUGUUGGUGCAGGGCUGUUAUUAAGUCACUCGUAUCUUCAGCAGACCAUUACCUGGCAGAAUGUUUUCUUGUGGAUUUUGCCAAGUACAUUCCAGUAAAAUCUAAAAACAUUCGAGUUGCAGUCGAGAAUUUUAUGCAGCUUCCCUACAGAGCGAAAAAAUUCAGACUGUACUGCACAAAACCUUUGACAUUACACAUUGACUUCUGUGAAGACAGUGCUGAAAUUGUACCUGCCAAGAAGUGGGACAGUGCAGCUGUUCAGUAUUUUCAGAACAUCCUCAAAGCAACUUCUCAGGUGGAAGCCAAAUUAUGUGCUGUGGAGGAAGAUACUUUUGAGGUUUACCUUUACGUAACGAUCAAAAACGAAAAAGUUUGUGUUAAUGAUGAUCUUGUUGCAAAGAACUUUGCUUGUUAUGUGUCACCUAUGGAGAGUAAAAAUCUGGAUUCUUUAGAGAAACCAAAAUUGAAUAUAAAGUCAACAUCCUUUUCCAAUAAACUCAAUCCAGCACUUACUCUUUGGCCAAUGUUUUCGCAAGGAAAAGACUCUCAAGGAAUGGAAAUGUCACAUGGUCUAACUCUCCUGGCACAAUCUCUCCAAUAUCCAUGGUCCAAGAAUGUUGUUGCUGACCUACAGCCAGCUACUACAGUCCUGAAUAAGACUACAAAAUGUAAUAAGGAUUCAUUGAGAGGUUCACCUAAAAAGAAAUUCGUAAAGAAACAACAGCGCAUCUCCUUAAAAGAUGUAAAUAAGUCUGUCGAAUCUUCAGUGUACUGGCCAACAAAAAGAGGCAUAACCAUCUAUGCUGAGCCAGAUGUACCAGCGACAAGUGCUUUAUGUCAGAAACCAAAUGAGAAAUCGCUGAGAUUGGUUGAGAAGAAAGAAUACAAUGAGAAGAAUGGCUGUGUGAAAUUAUUGCAGUUUUUAAAUCCUGAUCCUUUGAGAGCUGAUGGAGUCUCUGAUUUGCAGCAGUUGCAGAAGUUGAAGUCAGGCACACAGCAGCCCUUAGUUGUGCUCCGAAACAAGAUUGAGCCUUGCUUAUCCCUUGACAAGUCGCCAAUUUCUGCAGAGCUGAAAAAGGCUCUUCAGAGAAAUAAGUUCCCAGGACCUAGCCACACUGAAUCUUACUCUUGGCCUCCAAUAGCACGUGGUUGUGAUGUGGUCAUCAUUGCUCAUUGUGGAAAUGACCCUUUGUUGUACCUUCCACCAGUGCUUACAGUUUUGCAAACGGGGGGCAGCUACAAGUCAUUACCAAGUAGAAAUGGACCUCUGGCAGUCAUCGUGUGCCCCGGAUGGAAGAAGGCCCAGUUUAUUUUUGAAUUAUUAGGAGACUAUAAUUUGUCCUCCAGGCCUCUUCACCCGGUGUUAUUAACAAUUGGACUACACAAAGACGAAGCCAAGAAUAUAAAACUUCCAAGGGGAUGUGAUGUGAUUGUUACAACACCACAUAGCCUCCUGAGACUUCUCCAGUAUCAAAGCUUGUUAUUUCUUAGACUCUGUCACCUCAUUCUGGAUGAGGUAGAAGUAUUAUUCUUUGAAGCUAAUGAACAAAUGUUUGCUAUAUUAGAUAACUUUAAAAAAAACAUUGAUAUUGACGAGAGGGAGUCUGCACCACAUCAGAUUGUUGCAGUUGGCGUUCAUUGGAACAGACAUAUAGAACAUUUGAUCAAAGAGUUCAUGAAUGACCCCUACAUUGUAAUCACAGCUUUGGAAGAGGCUGCUCUCUAUGGCAGUGUCCAGCAGGUAGUGCAUCUUUGCCUGGAGACGGAAAAAACCUCUACUUUGUUACAAACCCUUGACUUCAUCCCAACUCAAGCACAAAAGACCUUGAUUUUCACUUGUUCUGUAGCUGAAACAGAAGUAGUGUGCAAGGUAGUAGAAAGUAGCUCUAUAUUUUGUUUGAAAAUACAUAAAGAAAUUAUUUUUAACCUAAAAAGCAUUUUAGAACAGUGGAAGAAGAAAUUAAGUUCUGGCUCUCACAUUGUAUUAGCCUUAACUGAUGAUUGCAUACCACUACUGGCCAUCACUGAUGCCACUUGUGUGAUUCACUUCAGCUUUCCUUCCUCGCCAAAAAUUUUUGGUGGACGCCUUCAUUGCAUGUCAGAUCAUUUUCAGUGUUUAAAUGAACAGGGUUCUCCUGCAGAACAGGGGGGUAUAAAAACAAAAUCUAUCUUGCUGCUGACGGAGAGAAAUGCAUGCCAUGCAGUUGGUGUCCUACGCUACUUGGAGCGAGCAGAUGCGAAGAUUCCAGCAGAACUGUAUGAGUUUACUGCAGGGGUUCUAGAAGCCAAAGAAGACAAGAAAGCUAAGAGGCCUCUUUGUCCAUAUCUUAAGGCUUUUGGUUUUUGCAAAGAUAAAAGAAUCUGUCCUGAUCGGCACCAUAUUAAUCCAGACAUAGACGUGCCAAAGAAAUUUUCAAACCAGGCUCUACCAAAGUUUGGAUACAUUAAAAUAAUACCCUUUUAUAUUUCAAGCGCAACAAAGUAUUUUGGUCGUAUAAUUGAUAAACAUGUGGAUCUUUAUACAACUCUUACUGCUGAGAUGAAUGAAUAUUUUGAAGAUUCCAAUAAUAAAACAUCUGUUGAAAAAGUGGAGAGAUUUGGAUUGUAUGGAUUAGCAGAGAAAACACUUUUUCAUAGGGUUCAGGUGUUAGAGAUGAGUCAAAAAGAAGACACAUGGGCUCUGGAUAACAUCCUUGUCAAGUUUAUAGAUGAAGGCAGAACUGCACUUGUCACAAGAGAACAAUUGAUGUAUCUCCCAGAACAUUUUCACACUCUACCUCCCCAAGCAGUGGAAUUUAUUGUGUGUAGAGUGAAACCCACUGAUAAUGAGAUUGAAUGGAAUCCUAAGGUUACUCGGUUUAUUCAUCAGAAAAUUACUGGGAAACUGCAUGAUGCAAAAGUGGUACUGACUUUGGGAAAUACAGUUUGGAUUGAUCCAAUGGUGCAUAUUACAAAACUUCCAAAUUUGAAAACGUCUAUCAUUGAUUAUAACGUUCGAGCUGAAAUUUUGUCAAUGGGAAUGGGGAUUGAUAAUUCAGAACACAUAGAACAACUUAAAAAAUUAUACAAAGCAGCCAAAAUGCCAGCUUUUGAAGAAAACCUAAACCAAACCAUGAUGCCUGCUUCAGCAGAAGAUGCCACUGGUCUGCAGGGCACAGGGCAAGAGGACAAGGACUCAGAAAAGGCUGCUGACUCCAAGAUGAACUCAGAGAGCCAAAUGCAUGAGCUAGAGAGAGGAGGGGAGAUACCACAGCACCAGAACUUCCUUCAAUGCCCUGAUAGUUCUGUGCAGUUCCAGGAUUUGAACCUGGGCCAGGCAGGUGGCAAGGCAUGCACUCCAGCAGAAACUUUAUCUGAAAAUAUUGGAGGUGUUUCUGUUAGCAAAAACAUCGAGCCUGUGAAAAGCUUACACCCACAAAUAAAAUGGUUCCAGAAAGAGGAUGUGGUCAUAUUAAAAAUAAGAAUAAGAAAUGUAAAAGAUUACAAGUGUAAAUAUUCCAGAGAUAGGGUUGUUUUCAGUGCCUGGGUGGAAGACAAAUUUUAUUUGGCAGAUAUGGAGCUCCAGGCCAACAUAAUAAAAGAUGAUUGCAAAUGCACAGUCAUAAAUGAGGAGCCUAUCAUCACUCUUGUAAAAGAGAGAAGGGAAUCUUGGUGUAGCCUACUCAAGAAGAAGAAUCCUAAUGUGGCCUUUGAUUUUGAUCACUGGGAAGACUGUGAAGAGGAGAGCCACUUCUCCAAGGUUAUAAAUUCGAAGAAGCUGCCUUGCAAAGUGGCAGAGGUGUUUGAGAGCAGUGACAGUUCUUCAAAAGAAGAUGAAAGUGAGAGUGAAUGAGAAUGUGAAGUAAAUAUUGCAGAAUGGCCGGAAACCUUUGGAACCAAAUGCAUGUGGCUAAGUUACUGGAAGUUAAGGAAAGAAGCAGUCAUAUCCAAACCUUUUCUGGUGCAAAGAUAAAUAACUACUAAGCCAUUUGUAGCUCUGGGGUUGGUAAUGAUGAAAAUCUCCUAAUUCACUUUUAAAAAAUGGGCUUAUUAAGAACAUCCAAGGAGUAUGGAAGCAGUGUCCAGAAGCAGAGAGACAAAGUGUUGGUUCCGUUGAACGGUGGGAUCUGCUCGUUGCCUCUCAACCCCAUAACAUUGGGGUCAUUAUGUGAAUCAUUUGGAGUUAGAUUUGUUUGUUUGUUUUGUUUUUGUUCUUAAUUUAGAUGCACUCCUAAAAAACUUGUCAUAUACACAUAGACUGAGAUUUCUGUUGUAAAAAACCCUGAACACUGCUUAGUAGGUAACUCUUUAUAUACAUCUUAAUCAUCUAGUAUUCUUAAGAUAUUUAAAGCUACUAAGAGUAGUUUAGGAUUACUUCUUAUGAAGACUUAGUCCAAGAGGAGAAAUGGGGUCACUUCAGCUUUGCCAUUCAGACCAGAACUUUCUAGAGGGAAAGGCUACAACUUCUAAAGAAUCCUCUGAUUUUACAGUGACCUGUACAGGUGGGACAGAGAUGUCUUUUUUUGAUCAAAAGUGCCUGGAGGUAACACUCAACACUUGAAUGUGAUGGGUCCUAUAAAAGUUCACACCUCUCAUCACCCUGGCCUGAAACUGACAUGGCGUUUCAAGCAGUUUUUUUGAAAGAAUGUGUAUGUCAUUACUGCGUAAACUCAGGGAUGCUUAGAACCUGACUUGUCCUGUCAGAGAAGUUAGAAAGGUGAGCUGCUGAGAAAUCCAAAACCAGUAGGGCUUCAGUAUGAGUCUGGUGGCUCUACUUAGAAGUGGUUCGUAUGGUUCUCAUGGUUCGUAACUGUGUGGCUGCCUCCAAGUUCUUGCUGGGGCUCUGUACCUGCAUAUUCCUUUUCUCCCGGCACCCUUUUUUUUACCCCCUUUAUUAUAUGGAGAGGGGGAGAAAGAGAGUGAGAGGGGGGGAGAGAGAGAGAGAGAAAGAGAGCUACCACAACACUACUCCACUGCUUGUGAAACUUAACCCAUGUGGUGGCCCAGGGCUUGAACUCAGGGCCUCAUGUGAGUAACACGUGUACUUUAUUGAGUGAGCUGUCUCCUGGCCCCAUGCCAAGAUCUUUCUUAAUUUUCACACCAGAAAACACAGAUGCCCGCAUUUAUAUAUAAAUAACCACCACCUGCGGGAGGGGCCAUCUUCAACAACCCGUUAGCAGACUCUGCUCACAGUCUUGACUCUCAGUUUCCUCAUCUGUAAAAAAAAAAAUCCCCCUCAUGGCACACCUAACUUCGGCUCAGGGUGCCCCCAGCAUGCUGCUGGAUUGGAGGCUUUGUCCUGCACACUGGAGGUGGGGGGGGGGGUGUCAGACCUGCCCUUCAGUGGGAGGGCGUCUAGUCCAGGCACCAGCUUUUCCUUGUUGAGAAUCGGGCAGGUUUUCCAGGAAGUGGAAAGCUCUGAUGUCUCUGCUGGCAAAGGUUUUCACUGCAGAGGGCUUGCUUCUAGUACCUUCACCAGGGGCCAGUUUCUGUAGAUUCAGCUUUUGCUCUUGCUGAGGAAAGCCUUUUGUGUUGUAUUGACUUUCCCUGUGGCCGCCAGCCACCUGCUGUUUAUGCUUAGCUUUGGUUAGUCUCUCUCAGGAGGUAAAAGAUAAAUAAUAACAGCAAGUGAUAGAGCUACACAAGUAGGUGUUUCCUGCAUCCACAUAGUCAGGGUUCCUGCUUCCAAAUAAGGGGUAGUGCCAGUUAAAAUACUGGAGUGGAGGGCGAUAUAUUCUAAGUCUUGAUGUACUUCUUGACUACAGAUGUCUACAUUUAUUAAUAGUUGGAAGUUUUUUUUUAAUUCAUUUUUUGUUCUGUUAUGUACUGAUUCCAUGUUUGGAACAAUGCAAGAAUGUUUUUGUUUCUGUGCUUCUGAAAUUGUUCACAUACUUGGUCAGCUGGUGGAACAUCAUUUGCAGUACAGCAUCAAUAAAAUUUCAGUGUUUUC